CGAUCGCUCCGGGAUGUCGGCGCCCUCGGCCCCCGCGCCCCCCCCCUCGGCAGAGGGCGGCCCCCCUGCGCCCCCCCCCAACCUCACCAGCAACCGGCGGCUGCAGCAGACCCAGGCGCAAGUCGAUGAGGUGGUGGACAUCAUGCGGGUGAACGUGGAUAAGGUGCUGGAGCGAGACCAGAAGCUGUCGGAGUUGGACGACCGGGCUGACGCGCUCCAGGCCGGCGCCUCCCAGUUCGAGACCAGCGCCGCCAAACUCAAGCGCAAGUACUGGUGGAAGAACCUCAAGAUGAUGAUCAUUCUGGGGGUGAUCUGCGCCAUCGUCCUCAUCAUCAUCAUCGUGUACCUCACCACCUAACGGCGCCCCCCCCAGCCCCUCCCCCCCCUCAGGGACCCCUCCCCGAACCCCAAAACCCCCCCCAGUCCCCCC